AUGAAGACGCUUUCGAGUAGUCCUGAUUUUCCUACCAUGAGGAUUAAAACAAGGGAAGAUAUACGAUUCUCCACUAGCUCGAGGCGUUUAUCAAGUGAGAUGAGGACGACUAUUCAUCACUCCGGCUCUGUAGAAGUGUACUAUGGUGGUGCACCGGUUGCAGUCCCAUUUAAAUGGGAAUCGCAACCAGGUACACCUAGAGUUCGGUUUCAUGAAACCCCAUUGCCACCAUUAACACCACCACCGUCUUUUCUCUUUAAUUCUCCACAAACACCUAGUAGAAUGAACUCAAAACCGAAAAGAGGUAUUCUACGUGCCGUCCUCCCUAGGUUUACUUUCGCUAGAAAAAACCAUAAUUCUCCGGUUUCUCCAGCUUCAUCUGAAAGCUCUUCUUUAUUCUCACCUUCAUCCCAUACAGAUUCUGCAUCAUCUCUAUAUAUACGCAACAGCCAUACACAAAGUCGAAGAAAAUCAUUUGAAGAUAAUCAGGAUAGGUAUGGGUCACCUGUUUCAACUCUUUGUUUUCGUUUCAGACGCAAUGCAACAACGACCCCAGAAGAACCUCAUGUGUGUAAGUCAAGUCCUUUAUAA